GCCGUUUGAUUGACAUUCCAUAAAGUUGGGUGAAUUCCAUCAAAGAAGUAGGGUGGGGAAGCGGGAGCGACGGCCAUGUCGCUGCGUCCGAACGAAUCUACCAAGGGCAUCUCGUCCAGCUGCAACAAUCGCAAGUCUGCGUUGCAUUUCUCGGCUGUGAAUGAGGUUGGGUCGCCAGUGCUUCGAGAUGACCACGAUGAAAUGAUGUGGGAAAGGCCAGCAGUGCCUGUGCAACCCUUCGAGUUCAACAAUGUUGCUGGUCGCUUGCGCUCUCGACGAAAUAGCAUGAAGAUGCUCCGAUCCACGUCGUAUUCGGGCCAAACGUAUGGAACAUCAGGAGAUUUCGACGACAAUGAUGCCAACAAGGACAUUACGUUUGACGGCGACUACCACUCGGUGUACAUAUCGCCAGCUCCCAAAGGGUGGAGGGGAAUUCUGGUUCUUAUGGAAAGUCCGGUCUUGCUCGUGAGCAUCGGAAUCUUUGCGGCACUGAUGGGGCUCUGGCUAGAUGCGAUCAUCUUGCGCGUGACCAUGUUCCACCAAGAGCUGGCGGGUCUCGGAUUCAUUGCCUUUCUGCUGUUUUCCCUCGUGGUCGGGGGCAUGGGGACGGUGCUGGUUCAUUUUGUGUGCCCUCAAGCCGCGGGCUCUGGGCUACCACAGAUGAAGGUUGCUUUGUCAGGCGUCGACAUGCGCGAGUUCUUGAGCCCGACAUGUCUCUUGGUCAAGAUGGCCGGCCUGGUAUCGGCAUAUGCUGCUGGGCUCAGUAUUGGGAAAGAAGGGCCGUUCAUCAUGAUGUCAUGCUGCUUCGCAGAUAUCCUCAUGCAGAUGGGCUACUUUCGCCGAAUAUACGAAGACUCGUCCAAGCGACUUGAAAUGCUGUCGUGUGCAUGUGCAGCGGGGGUCGCAGCGACAUUUGGGACUCCAUUUGGCGGUGUCUUGUUCUCGGUCGAAGUCACUGCAUCGUUUUACAUGGUGCGGAACCUGCCACGGUCGUUUUUUGCCGCUUUGGCAGGGGCCGUCACGAUUGCGUUUCUCGUGACGAAUGGUCAGUAUGGCCUCUUCGAUCGGUCUGCUGGGUUGGGGCUCACCGAAACCAACUUUACCAAGGUUUUCACAUACAUUGACGGUGGGAUUUUCGUCUUCAUCGGGGUCGUCUCUGGUGUGCUCGGGGCCGUGUUCAUUUGGAUCAUUUCGGUUUUGGUCCGCGUGCGAGACACUUGGUUCUUGUCGUUGAGCGGCCCGCCACUCUUGUACAAGCGUAUCAUUGUCGUGCUGGUUGUGACCGUAAUUGCCAAUAUUUCCUACUUUUACGGGGACCCUGCAUGGUUUCUGCACCACGGGUCUCCUCAAAAAAUCAUCGAUACGCUGUUCACGCAGUCGCCGACUCGAGAAGACGGCGCAAUGUUGGCUCGGUCUCUGCUCACGUUUCUACCACUGAAGUAUUUCAUGACGAUUGUGUGUGUCGUCGUGCCUCUUCCGGCGGGUAUUUUCACGCCGACAUUUGUCAUUGGGGGAAUCUUUGGGCGCUUGGUCGGCGAAGCGAUUGUCGUCACGCAGGUCGUUCCGACCAAGUUUGAGCCGUAUGAAUUCGCCAUCAUCGGCGCCGCGGCGUUUUCAUCGGGGGUCACUCGUGCGAUUUCGACGGCUGUCAUCAUCAUGGAGAUCAGCCACAACGGGUACCUAACCAUACCAGUCUCAAUCGCGAUUCUUUCGGCCUACUUUACGGGCGGCCGAUUCAUUGAGAACGUAUACGACGUAUUGAUCACGACGUCUCGGCUGCCUCGCCUGAAGAAGCUUCCCAAGGCCGCAUAUGACAUUCCAACCUGGGAAGUCAUGAAGACUGUCGAUAGAAUCGACUACCUCAGUGCCGAUAUCACGUAUCGACAGGCUCACGACAUGCUGACGGCGUCGCACGAGCCCGUCUUUCCCAUCGUGGACAAUAUCGAGUCGAUGCAAUUGGUUGGUGCGGUCACUCGCAGCCGCCUCCAAGAAGCCGUCGACUACUGCAAGGGCAAAGCAGAGGAAGUGUUCCACGAUGGUAAGCAGACUUCGCAAAAGAGUCUGCUCGACUGGCGCGUUCAGUUCGCCUAUCGUCGCGGCGGCCACGUCUUGUCGUUGGACGACAACACGGGAUGCUCUCGAACGAAGUUGACGGUACUGAUGAACCCCAGUCCAUUCCAAGUGGUCGAAAUGACCCCCAUGCAACGAGUUGACGCGGUAUUUCGCAUGCUCAAGCUCAACAAUGCGUACGUCACGCAGACUGGGAAAUUGGUGGGGGUCAUUUCACGGGCGAGAUUGAUGCGAUUUCUCGGCACGGCAACGAAGUAUCGUAUUCCUGGCGUGUUAAGGCACCUAUCGCACAUCUUUUGCAACAUCUACCCCGACGAAAAGCACGACGACAGGGAGUUGAAGGACGAACCCAACGCAGACGACUACGUGCCGAUUCCGUAGAUUGUCUCUCCUCCUUAUAGAUGAAGGGGUGACGACAAAUACGAUGGUUUCUUCAACUUGCAGUGUCGUGCAGUCGGCAAGCAUGCUCCUAAGCAUGGUCAUAUCAGUGGCAGUCUCAGUCGAGCGAAAGGUCGCUGUUGCGAUGUGAUUCGAAAUGGCCCACAUCGCAACAGCCAACUUGGCAACGGAGUAUUUCCUGAGUCUGCUCACUCUGAUGAAGGUGCUUCGGCUGCUGCAUGCAGACGCGCCGACGCAUUGUCGGUACAGUGGCG